AUGGUUUUGUCCCUCAAUGCGACCAUUCUCUCGCCCACCGUUCGGUUCUUGCACAAGUCAGCACAUGUAGGGCUUGAUCCGGACGAGUUCUCUGGGAAAACAGCUUACACUCCCUUUUCGCCGACACCGUCGGAUCCUCAAUGGCCAUCCAGGUCGCCGACGUCGGCUCACGGUAUCGCCAGGCCGCGCAGUCAGGACAUAUUGAUGACUAUCCGCGUCGUUGAGCACCAGCUCCAUGUACUGAAGAAAGCUAUGGGCCUUCUAGCGCAGUAUUGUCUCGUGGGACGCAAGGAUGUAAAACCCAAUGUCAUGUGUCGCCACGAGGCGUCGGUAUUAGCGAAGGCAGUGAUGCGACAGGCUGUGUAG